ACACUCGAGAGCCACAAAAAUCCCUGCUAAUUUCUCUAUCUUCAUCAUCAUCUUCUUCAUCUUCACCGGCGACGACCAUCGGGCCGGUGAAAUGAAUAUUCCGGUAACCGACUCUUCCGAAUCUGCACACACUCUUCGAAUCUCCGAUCAUCGCCGUCAUGUGUUUCACGAAAAGCUCUGAUCCGAAAUCCAAAUUUCUCGCUCGCUUAGUCACGAAGUUAUCCGCUCCAGCUCCAUGGAAAUUCGGGGAAAGAUGAAGAUUCAACCCAUUGAUAUCGAUACUCCUACUGGAAGAGUUGCCAUUCGUGCUGAUCCGGGCAAACAGGUUCUGAAAUCGCGUCUCAGAAAGCUAUUUGACCGUCCCCCUAAUGUUCUGAAGAAUUCUUCUGCGGAGAAGCCGAUUGCCGCUGGGGAAGCUGCUCAGUUCAUCAUCAACAAAGAUGGAGGCUCUGAGUUCGAGCCAAGUUCCAUUUGUUUGGCUAAAAUGGUGCAGAGUUUCAUAGAGGAGAGUAAUGAAAAGCAGUUGUCGGUGGCGACUGCUGUGAAAAAUGGUCGCAACCGUUGCAAUUGCUUCAACGGGAACAAUAAUGACAGCUCCGAUGAUGAGUCCGAUGACUUCGGCGGUGGUUUUGGUGAAUCUGUACCAAUCGGAUCAUCUGGUGCCGAUGUUUCCGACUUGCUCAAGAGUCUGAUUCUUUCCGCUAGCGUAGCCGAGAGAAACCUCUUAGCCGACACCGCGAAGAUCUUUGAGAAGAACAACAAGAUUCACAAGAAGAAAGACGAUUUGAGAGAAGUUGUCACAGAUGGCCUUUCUUCUCUAGGUUACGAUUCUUCAAUCUGUAAAUCAAAAUGGGACAAAUUCCCUUCACAUCCUGCAGGGGAAUAUGAAUACAUCGAUGUGAUAGUGGAGGGGGAGAGAUUGCUGAUCGACAUAGAUUUCAGAUCGGAGUUUGAAAUCGCUCGUUCAACCGGAAUGUACAAGGCGAUCCUCCAAUUACUUCCAAAUAUCUUCGUCGGCAAACCGGAUCGUCUAGGUCAAAUCGUCUCGAUCGUAUCGGAGGCUGCGAGACAAAGCUUGAAAAAGAAGGGGAUGCACUUUCCGCCAUGGAGGAAAGCCGAAUACAUGAGAGCCAAAUGGCUUUCCCCUCACAUCAGAUCCAAACCUCCGAUUCCAUCGCAAAAAGAAAUCGAAAACUCUAACAACGAGCAAUCGCCGACAGAAACGGAUUGCGGAGACUUCGAAAUGAUAUUCGGCGACGAAACGACAACAUCACCUCCUGAGAGUGAAUCGAUCGCUUCAUCAUCUCCUCCGCAGAAAGGUUUCAAUGACGGCGAGAAGGCUGCAGUGGCAGUGACGGCCUGGCAACCUCCGGCGAUCAAACCGAAGAGUCUCGAUAGAGGAGCUAAGAUCGUUACGGGAUUAGCAUCAAUCCUGAAAGAGAAUCCGUAAAAAUUUUGGGGUUUUUUUUUUUCUUUUUUUCUUUUUUGAAAUAUCAUAAAAAAAAAAUAAUUAUGUGGGGGUAAAUAGUAAAUAUCCGGAAAUGUAUGGGCUUUUGUUUAAUUGAGAAAAAAAAAAGAAAAAAAAAAAGAAAAUGAAAGGAAAAUCCUUCCGGUUUUUUGAUUGUAGGGAUAUUCUAGUCUGUAAUGGGCAGCAAAUUUGGCUUACCCAAUCUUUUUGUAAAAA